AUGAAGGCUUCAAGUCCUGCCCAUGUUGGGACUACCCCAACUAUAUCCGCAAUGCACCCAUCAUCCACUACCUUCUCCUAUGGAUAUCUUGAGUUCUUUUGGCAUUACCAGAACAAAUCUGUCAUCAUGGAACAUUACAACUACACGGGAAAGCUGAAGGCUGACCGCUACCGUAACGGCCUCCGACCUGAGUCCAUUGCCUUCUUGGUAGUGUGUCUGCUCAUUAUACUGGAGAACACUGUGGUUCUCCUAGCUAUCUGGAGAAACAAGAAAUUCCACUUGCCAAUGUAUUACCUCCUGGGAAACCUGACUCUGUCAGAUCUUCUGGCUGGGAUCGCUUACAUGGCCAACAUCAUUUUGUCAGGGCCGAAGACUAUGCAGCUGACGCCGUUGCUAUGGUUCCUCAGGGAGGGAGGAGUGUUCAUCACUUUGGCCGCUUCUGUCAUCAGUCUGCUGGCCAUUGCGAUUGAACGGCAUGUAACCAUGGUGACUAUGAGACCGUACCAUGGAGCAAAGCGGGGGCGGAUGCUGGCGUUGAUUUGUGCGAGUUGGGCCCUUGCGACCUUUUUGGGCAUCCUUCCAAUUCUAGGUUGGAACUGCAUUCACAGACUGGACCAGUGCUCUACCGUGCUUCCUCUUUAUGCUAAGAGUUACAUCCUGUUCUGCGUAACAGUCUUCAGUGCUGUUCUCCUCGCCAUCGUAGUCCUGUACGUCCGAGUUUUCCGUAUCGUCCGCACCAAUACGCAGCGGCAGCGGUUCGGCUUGUCCAGCAGCAUGAGAAAAGGCUUGGCGAGGAAGUCUCAAAAGUACAUUGCGCUCCUCAAGACGGUCACCAUCGUGCUAGGCGUCUUCAUCGCCUGUUGGCUGCCUCUCUUUCUCCUCCUCCUGCUGGAUUUCUUCUGCCCAACACGUAGCUGCCACCUACUCUACAAGGCUGACUACUUCCUGGGAGUGGCUAUUGUCAACUCAUUCCUUAACCCCAUUAUCUACACCCUAACUAGCAGGGACAUGAGGAAAGCUAUUCUGAGGCUCGUCUGUCGACCGUGUCUAAUGACCAGGGACGGCCAGGUAAGGAAGAUUGGCAUGCCCUUCCUGGAAUGCAGCUUCAGUAAGACGGAGUUGCCCUCCCAAAAGUUGGAACCAGCGAUGGAGACAACACUUUCCUCUGGGAACGUCGUCACCAACCCAUCUCCCAUCAAAACCUUCUAUCCCAAAAAAUCCUAA